AUGAAUGUGUAUUUACCACUCCUGGAAUCACCUAGCAUGAUGCUUGGCACAUGGAGAUUGACAUCCUCCAAUAACAGACCUCGAGAAGACAGCUGGUUAAAAUCCUUAUUUGUCCGGAAAGUUGAUCCAAGAAAGGAUGCUCACUCUAAUCUCCUAGCCAAAAAGGAAACAAGCAGUCUGUACAAAUUACAGUUUCACAAUGUUAAACCGGAAUGCCUAGAAGCAUACAACAAAAUUUGUCAAGAGGUGUUGCCAAAGAUUCAUGAAGAUAAACAUUACCCUUGUUCUUUGGUGGGAACUUGGAACACGUGGUAUGGCGAGCAGGAUCAAGCUGUUCACCUCUGGAGAUAUGAAGGUGGCUAUCCAGCCCUCACGGAAGUCAUGAAUAAACUCAGAAAAAAUCAGGAGUUUGUGGAAUUUCGUAAGGCAAGAAGCGACAUGCUUCUUUCUAGGAAGAAUCAGCUGCUAUUGGAAUUCAGUUUCUGGAAUGAGCCUGUCCCACGGUCAGGACCUAACAUAUAUGAACUCAGGUCUUACCAACUUCGACCAGGAACCAUGAUUGAAUGGGGCAAUUACUGA